AUGGAAAAUACAAAUGAUUUCAUGGAUGAUUCAGUAAUAGAUGUUUCACCCUCCUUAAUAGAUGUUAUUGAUUUAACUAAGGAAUCACCAAGUUCAGUUAGACCUUCAAGAUCGCAUCAAAGAAAUGUUGAAAAUAUAUCUUCUAGCAAUAAUGUAACCAGCAAUUCAGAUCAUUGUAGAAGGCCUAUAUCUCCUAUUGUUUUAGGAAAUACACAAGCUACCCAAACGAAAAAUACUAAAAAGAAAGGAAGAGUUUCUCGGGCUAUAGGCUCAAAUGAAGUUUUGACUCUUGACAAUACUAUUGAAGAAGAUAAAAUAUGUUAUACAGUUCAAUCAGAUAUUAAAGAACCAGUACCUCUUACAUGCCCAAUAUGUUUUGAAGCAUUAUCUUCCAAACUAAAACCCUACACUACUCGUUGUGGACAUCUGUUUUGCUCAGACUGUUUGCAGACAUUCCUUCAGACAGCUAAAAAAUGCCCAACUUGUAAAACAACUAUAACUUUAAAAUCUUGUACUCGUUUAUAUCUUUAAAUAUUGUAGAACAUUA